GUUCCUUGAUCGUCAAAUUUUUUUUUUCUUUAUCUCUCUUUUUUUCUUUGUACUUAUAUCUUACUGCUUUUUCUUUUACUCCAUUGCAGCUGGUCCUUUUUAAAUCUAUGCAGUCAAAUAAUCGCCAUCAAGAUAUCCUUCCUCAGCAACCUUUCUCGUUCCGACGUCGAAGCCUCAACUUCAUCUUUUCUCCUUUAAACCAACGGCUUCCUCCGACGACCUCCUCGACAAACAAUAUCAUCCUCGAUUAUUUGUUGCAUCUCUCCAUUCAAUCACGCCUUUCGAAACUGUCAGAGAAGGAUCGUCACACGCGAUGGUCAGAUUUGACGAAAGCAGAGCAAGCGGUCGAGUCAAUUGUAGCAGGCAUUCUUUGUAAUAAGACACCUGGCUUGAAAUUCGAUGCGAGAUUUGAGCAACGCUUGCAUCUUUGUCAACUUACAAACAUCGUAUUUGGGGAUGGAAAACGUCUCUUGACAGAAGCAAUUCCGUUUUUCUUGAAAACGAGCGCGAUGACUUUACGUGUUGCUCUGGAUAAUGCCGAAGAUGCCAAGCCCAUGAUAUUUGCUGGUCAAAGAGUGAUGGGCGGAGGAAUGCCUCCACGUUGGUACGAUUUAUUCCUGGAACUCUUAACCCAAGCGGCUAUUCAAAGUGUACGCCGCCAUGCAGGCUUGGCCUCCAUCUCUGAAAUUUUCUCGUAUGGUGACGUUGAAGACGAAGACGAGCCCGAAAACCUCGAUGACGAGGAAGAAGAAGAUGAAGAAGAUGAAGAUGCAGAAGAAGACGAUGAUGAUAUCUGGGGCAUCAAAGCAGCCGAUCACCAUCUUUUGUUCCCGAAAACACGCACCAUGUUCCUCUUCAAAACGCAAUUACGUGAACGAGAAAAACAGUUUUUAAAUCUUGAUCAAGAUUCUUUGAUGGAAAACCUCGACCAACUUGCUCACCAGUAUCCUUUGGAUACGUUUGAGGCCGGCAUGUGCGAGUUUAUUCAACUGAUUGUUAACUGCAUGGAUACACCUACUUUGUACAAGUGUGAUAAACUUGAUGCGGCUAGCUUCUCUCUACCAACCAUUUGCCGAUUUCCAGAAGAUGGUUCCCUUUUGAUGCCUGAAAUGUCCGAUAUAGAAGAUGAAGACAACCUCACCUACCGUAUCAAACGUACUUCCUCCGCAGCUGGUUUAGACGACAAAGAGACCAUCAAACGUCCUCACGCGUAAGAUGAUUCAGCUUUCUUUGUUUUGUUACCCUCCCCAUGACCUUUCCACUUUUAUGUUGCUUCUAGUGAAGGAACAUUAUGUCAUUUGUCAUAUACCACACAUCCAUUGUAAUUAGUCCCUCUCUUUCAAAUCAUUUCAAACUGUUUAUUUAUCCGUUGCUCCAAAAUAAAAUGCCACCCCCUCUUAUCUUUAAAAAGCUGUGCUGUAACGGC